AUGCCUCGGUCCGUGCUGUUCAUAGGCGGGUCUCUCGUAGUGCUAGGUACGAUCCUGAUUCGAAGUGUUGUUCUCGGUCUCGAGGACGGUUUCAUAACUGAGGAGCAGAUUGAGGCGCCAAUAAUUCCUGAAAAUUCGUUGUAUGACGCUAGACGGUGUUGUAGACAUUCUGAACUUGAAAAUGCCAACUACUUAUUCGUAUCAACCAUGGAUGGUAGGUUGCAUGCUUUGGACGCUAUUAACGGUGGAAAACUUGUCUGGGUAGCUGAUUUUGAUGCGGAACCACUGCUUUGUGGUACUUUAGGGAAAAUGCAGCCAAUGCAAGUAGACGGCCGUAUGUUCAACCUCGUGCCUGCAUUGGAUGGGAAUCUUUAUAUGUACUCUCGAGAAGAACAUCUCCUGGAACCGAUACCACUCAGUACGGAUACCCUUCUACAGGCUAGCAUCCGUGUCGGGCACGAUGCUGUGGCUGGAGGACGAACGAUAACUACAACAGGCGUGGAUCCGCUUACUGGAGAGGUUCGAUAUCACUGUACAUCUUCUCAAUGUGGUUCUACAGCUGCCGGAGCAGUUUCAUCUACUCUUGUCUUCCGUCGAAGUACUAGCAAAGUUCGAGCUGUGGAUGCGCUUACCGGUGUUGAACGAUGGAAUCUUUCCGUUUCUGAAUAUGAUGCUACAUUGGUCAAGGAAAAUAACGCUCAGUUGUAUACCAGAGCACAUAGAUUUCGAUAUCUCGUUCAACCACCUGAUGGUGUUGUGACUGCGUACGAUAGUUGUGGUAAUGAGUUAUGGUCUCACCACCUCGGCAGUCAUAUUGCAAGAACAUGGCGAAUGGAAGGUGGAGAACUAAGCGAGGUUUCCCUUUUCGACUCCGAAAACAUCCAUACGCUUUCCAUUGGCAGUGAAUUGUCGUCGGAUCCCCUUCCACAGUCAGAAUCGUUGUUCUAUUUAGGGACUGUAAACAACGAGCCAUUCAUUAUGCAUUCCGCUAAUGUAAAGAAGGAAAUGAGAAGAAUUGCAAAAACCAUGGAUUUAGCUGAGUCGCACUCCGCAAAUAAUCAGAUCGCUCCUACUUCUGGUUCAUCAUAUUUGAUUGAGAAGGGGACUGUCGAUGAGUUGCUGUCAUCAUCGUACAAACGUUCAUUCACGGCUAAACAAGCGAAGAAGAGUGAAGAACAGCUUCGAACACGUGAUUCACGAAGAACUCGUGAACUGCAUGUUGUGGCAGCAAAUGAAGGGAGAGUGUCUUAUCCAUCCAUUUCUUGUCCCAGCAGUGAAGGAACAGCACUCAUAGGAGAGAAAGACAUUCGAAGUGCUGCUUUUGAAGGACCUGGAGGCGGCGAUCAAGGAUGGUUCGUGAUGCGCCCUGAUGGGAAAACAACGAAACGUCAUGCGCUCCUCGAUAUGCUCACCCCGUCUCAAUGUCAUACUAAUAUUGUUGAACGUGUAAGUAGGACUUUACGGGCUGAUCACAUGGUUUCUGGAUGGUGGCGAAUCGUUGCUUUGGCAAUGUUAGGACUAGUAGGAUCUGCAUCUGUGGUAUUACACGCACUACUGACUCGUCGUAGAAAACGAGGGGACCUUUCAACAGCACUUCUACAGUCUUCGCAGUCAUCUGCUGCGAUUCCUUUACCUAAGACGAAAAGAGCGGAAACGCGAUCAACCUCUGUUGGACCUUCUGUGGGCUCGACACCAACGUCACCCACGCCAACACCAGGUGACCAAGUUGUACGACAACGCAGAACUACUUCCACUCAUGAGAGUGGCGGUGAAAUUUUCCACAGCAAAUUCCUCCAAGAUUUCGAGCCAGUGAAGCUGCUCGGGCAUGGUGGAUUCGGUGUAGUGUUUGAGGCAAUAAAUCGGCUUGACGAGUGUCCUUAUGCUGUGAAGCGUAUUGCUGUGUCGAAUAGCGAAAGUGCUAUACAACGAGUUCUGCGUGAGGUACGAGCUAUGGCUAAACUGGAUCAUCCAGGCAUUAUCCGCUACUAUCACACAUGGAUAGAAAGACCUCCUGAUGGUUGGCAGGAAGAACAAGAUGGUUUGAUGCUACGCGGCAUGCAAUCCCGUUCUUCUGCUAAUGAUUUGUUGGAUGAAUCAAGAAGUGAGAGCUUGGAGUCCUCCUCAGCUGUUCCAGUUCCAGUGUCGGAAGUUAGCUCCGAACCUUCGAUGGAUGUUGUUGCACCGGCCUUAAAUGAGUAUAGUGAUGAUGGAUCAUGGCUAGAGGAGGAUGAUGAAGGAAUUGCUGAACCAGAGGACUCUUCAGAUAGUGAUGAUCCAUUGACUUGCGCUCCGAAGAAUCCCGUGCGAGAAGAAUCCGAGAGUAUCAUAUUUGGGACAUUUAGUUCUGGGGACGCGUCUAAGAUUAGCGCUGAAGUUAACGGUGAUAUAUCUCAGCUAGGAAAGAAGAUGGUACUAGUAACUUCGACGGAUGAGGAUUUAAUGCCAAGUCCUAACACUAAUAAUUUUGUGUACAUAUAUAUUCAAAUGCAGUUGUGUCAAGAACAAACAUUGCAUGCAUGGUUGGCCGAGCAUAGGUCUGUGGAAGACCGACCAUUGGAUAAAAUGAAAAUUUGGAUGAUACAAAUGUGUAGUGCAGUAAAUUACAUUCACCAACAGGGAUUGAUUCAUCGUGACAUGAAGCCUCAAAACGUAUUCUUCGCAUCUGACCAGAGAUUGAAAGUAGGCGAUUUGGGGUUAGUGACGAGGUGUGUACCGGCUGAGGACCAGCCUAUUGAGAAAAAUGUAGCGCGGUACGCCAUCCAUACGGAUAAUGUUGGAACAAGAGGGUAUAUGAGUCCCGAGCAGCUGGCAAAUAAACCAUACACCUUCAAAGUUGAUGUAUUCUCUCUUGGUCUGAUAUUUUGUGAAUUGGUGAUACCAUUCCAAACUCUCAUGGAGCGAAGCCUUACUCUGAGCAGUCUGCAACAAGGCCGUGUUCCGGACGUCCUUUCUGGGAAGCCAGCUGAGCGAGAUUUCAUUCUAUGGCUAACUUGUAUGAAUCCCGACAAGCGCCCUGCUUGUGAUGAAAUCUUGGGUUCAAACUAUUUGGCUACAGUAGAAGACCACGCAUCAAGUGGCUGUUCAAAUGGCUCAAGGGUACGUCUCCAAAGUGAAGCAGCCUCGAUUUGA